AUGUCCAACGAGAAGAAAAACGAGGCUGAGGCCGGGCAGCCUGCAGCGGCGGAAGCCACUGAGGCGCCUAAGGGCGACAAGAAGAAGGACGACAAGCGGCGGAACUCCAUGGACGAUGAGGAACCGAAGAAGACGAUUCCUCUCGAUGACGCAGACAUCAACAUCCUUAAGUCCUACGGUUUGUCUCCGUACACGUUUGCGAUUAAGCGCGUAGACUCAGACAUCAAGACGCUCACAGAGAAGAUCACGAAGCUCUGCGGAGUGCGCGAGAGCGACACGGGCCUCUGUCCGCCUUCGCAGUGGGACCUGGCGGCAGACAAGCAGCUGAUGCAGGAGCAGCCGCUGCAGGUCGCGCGCUGCACGAAAAUCAUCUACCCUGGAGAUGAGGAACCCAAAUACAUCAUUAACGUGAAGCAAAUCGCGAAAUUCGUCGUCGGACUCGGCGAAAAGGUUGCGGCGAUGGACAUCGAGGAAGGCAUGCGCGUCGGCGUGGACCGAAACAAAUACAAGAUUCAAAUUCCGUUGCCGCCAAAGAUCGACCCCACCGUCACCAUGAUGACAGUCGAAGAGAAACCGGACGUGACUUACAAUGACGUCGGCGGUGCGAAGGAGCAGCUCGAGAAGCUCCGCGAAGUCUUGGAGCUCCCAUUGCUGCACCCAGAGCGCUUCCUCGCCCUCGGUAUCGACCCUCCGAAGGGUGUCCUCCUCUACGGGCCGCCCGGCACCGGAAAGACUCUCACGGCGCGCGCGGUCGCCAAUCGAACAGACGCCUGCUUCAUCUGCGUCAUCGGCUCUGAACUCGUCCAGAAAUACGUCGGUGAAGGCGCCCGCAUGGUUCGCGAGCUCUUUCAGAUGGCGCGGAGUCGCCGCGCGUGCAUCUUGUUUAUCGACGAAGUCGACGCGAUCGGCGGCAGCCGAGGCGGGGAGGGCGAGGGGAACGCGCACGGGGAUCACGAAGUGCAGCGAACGAUGCUCGAAAUCGUCAACCAGCUGGACGGCUUUGAAGCGCGUGGCAACAUCAAGGUGCUGAUGGCGACGAAUCGACCCGACACUCUCGAUCCCGCGCUGCUGCGCCCGGGCCGCCUCGACCGAAAAAUCGAAUUCGGUCUCCCAGAUCUGGAGGGCAGGACGCACAUCUUCAAGAUCCACGCGAAGACGCUGAGCGUCGACCGCAACAUCCGCUACGAGCUCCUUGCGCGCCUCUGCCCCAAUAGCACAGGCGCCGAUAUCCGCUCAGUCUGCACCGAGGCGGGAAUCUUGGCCAUUCGCGCGAGAAAGAAGAGCAUCAGCGAGAAGAACUUCAUCGACGCGAUCAACCGAGUCAUUAAGGGCUACAAGAAGUUCAGUGCCACGGCCAAGUACAUGGUAUACAACUGA